AUGGGGAACAUUUUCACCAAUCUUUUCAAAGGCCUCUUCGGCAAAAAGGAAAUGCGGAUCUUAAUGGUUGGUUUGGAUGCAGCUGGCAAAACUACUAUUCUGUACAAAUUGAAACUUGGUGAAAUUGUUACAACAAUUCCUACUAUUGGAUUUAAUGUUGAAACAGUGGAAUAUAAGAAUAUAUCAUUCACGGUGUGGGAUGUUGGAGGUCAAGACAAGAUACGGCCUUUAUGGAGACAUUAUUUUCAAAAUACUCAGGGUCUCAUCUUUGUUGUCGAUAGCAAUGACCGUGAGCGGGUAGGGGAAGCUCGAGAAGAAUUGAUGCGAAUGUUAGCUGAAGAUGAAUUGCGAGACGCAGUGUUGCUUGUUUUUGCGAACAAACAAGACUUGCCGAAUGCAAUGAAUGCAGCGGAAGUGACUGAUAAGCUUGGUUUGCACACGCUUCGCAAUCGUAACUGGUAUAUACAAGCAACUUGUGCAACAUCUGGAGACGGUCUAUAUGAAGGGCUUGACUGGUUGAGCAAUCAGUUGAAGAAUAGAUCUUAA